AUGAUAUUUAUGGAGAAUAGAUCUGAAAUAAAUGAGUUCAUCCUCCUAGGAUUAACAGAUGUGCCAGAGCUUCAGACUCCACUCUUCAUAAUGUUCACCCUCAUCUACCUCAUUACCAUAGUAGGAAACCUGACAAUAGUAGCUCUGAUCUCCUUGGAUACCCACCUCCACACACCCAUGUACUUCUUCCUUAGUAACCUCUCUCUGGUGGAUUUUGCCUACUCUUCAACUGUUACUCCCAAAGUGAUAUCUGGGCUUCUCACAGGGGACAAGGUCAUCUCCUAUAACGGAUGCGCUACACAAAUGUUAUUUGUUGCAGCCUUUGCUGCUACUGAAAGUUUCCUCUUAGCCUCCAUGGCCUAUGAUCGCCAUGCAGCUGUGUGUAAGCCACUACAUUAUACCACUACAAUGACUUCAACAGUGUGUGCUUAUCUGGCCAGUGGGUCUUACAUCUUUGGUUUUUUGAACUCCUCCAUAGUCAUAGGAAAUACAUUUAGCCUUUUCUUCUGCAGGUCCAAUGUGGUCCAUCACUUUUUCUGUGAUCUUCCCCCUCUCCUAGCUCUUUCUUGCUCAGAUGUUCACAUUGUUGAGUUGGUGAUCUUUAUCUCAGGCCCAUUCACUGUCUUUUUCCCAUUUCUUGUAAUCUUUGCCUCCUAUUUGUUAAUCUUUAUCACCAUCCUGAAGAUACGUUCUGCUGAAGGCCGCCAGAAAGCUUUCUCCACCUGUGCUUCCCAUCUCACAAUAGUGGUUAUAUAUUAUGGGACAAUCAUCUUCAUGUACUUCCAACCCAGCUCAACACAUUCAAAACACAUAGACAAAAUAGUGUCAGUAUUCUAUACCAUAAUCAUCCCCAUGUUGAACCCUCUUGUCUAUAGUCUGAGAAACAAAGAGGUCAAGAAUGCUUUUAGAAAAGUUGUAACUGGACAGAAACUUUAAUUAGAUUAUCCUUUUUCUUAGAGAGAAACUUCAAUCUGUGGAUUCCUCCAUUUGGGAUCUAACCUUCAAGUCAGUGCAUUUUUUAGACACAGAAGUAUAAUCCAAAUAUUUUUAGAGGCAAAAUAACAUAGAAAAUAUCAUAGACUUAGAAUUAGAAGAGAUUUGAAUUUAAAUUCUGUUUCAGUUAUUUUCAAGUUGUGUUACCUUAGGUAAGUCACUUUAUAGUUGCAGCCUCAGUUUCUUCUUGCUUGAAUGUCCCUAAUAGUAUUCCUUCUCUUAGAAGAUUGUUUUAUGAGUGUCUGCUGGGUGGUUCAGUGGAUUAAGAGCCAUACCCAGGGAUGGGAGGUCUUGGGUUCAAAUCCAGAAUCAGACAGUUUGUAGCUAUUUGAUCAUGGGCAAGUCACUUAAGUCUCAUUGCCUCACCCUUCAUUCUUCUGCCUUAGAACCAAUACCCAGUAUUGAUACUUAGAUGAAAGUGUUUUUUUUUAAAGAUUGUUUUGUGGAAUUUAUGAUAUUUAUGCUUGCAUAGACAUACACAUAUAAAAAAAGGAAAAUUUACUACAUAAUUAUUGGGGAAAAUGUUAAUCUGGUCAUCAGAUGUUUGUCUACCACCAGAUUUUUCAAUGGAUGUUAGUCAAUUCUAUGUUUUCUCUGUAGUCCUGUGUUUAGGAAAUCUCCUCUCUGUGACAAGCCAAGCAAAGCCCAACUUUCUUCUAAUUGGGAUAAGUUAGUCUUAGUUUAGUUCCAUCAUUGGACUUCUGGUAUUUUAUGUAACAAACUAAAUGAAAGAGCUUCUCUGACUGUUAGGUGCAUGUUUGGCUAAUGAAGAGCCUUGGAUCUCUUUUUUUUUUCAUUUUAAAUUUUAUUUUAUU